AUGACGACGACGUAUUGGCUCGUGAGUCUACCUCUGCGCGGGUCGAGCGCGGACGCGGCGUGGGCGACGCUGCAGCGACACACGGGCGGGAGCAACGAUCUGUCGCUGAACUAUAAGAUGCGAUGCCCGGACCUGCGCGUGGGGACGCUGGACAGUCUGUUGGCGCUGAGCGAUGAUUUGGUCAAGGUGAACGCGCUGGCGGAGCAGGUGGUGGAGAAGGUGCGGCGACAGUUCGGCGAGCUCGGCGACGCGACGACGAGCGAACGAGAACUGCGCGUGGAUGGUGAAUCCGUCGAACGAUAUCUGACGACGUUCGAGUGGGAUGAAGCGAAGAAUCCGGCUCGACGAGCGUUGAAGGAGACGGUUGAGAAGCUCUCGGAGCGCUUGUCGCGCAUCGACGAAGAGUUCAAAUUGAAGUGCGGGCAGUUGGCGACGUCUAAAAAUCAUCUGAACGCCAUCGUUCGUAAAGUUGGGAGCGGGGUGAACGCACAAGAUUUGAGCGACAAGGUCAAUCCCGAGGAUUUAGUUCAGACAGAAAACUUGACCACGCUCGUGGUGCAAGUGCCGAAACUGAAGACAGAGGUUUGGACGAGCUCGUACGAGACGCUAGCGAGCUUCGUCGUGCCGCGUUCUUCAAAGAUUAUUCACGUCGAAGAUGAUUACGAGUUACGAACGGUGGUAUUGUUCAGGCGUGUCGUCGAUGCGUUCACGACCGCGGCGCGAGAGAUCGGCUGCACUGCUAAGGAGUAUUCGCACGAUCCUGAAGCGUCGAGAGCGGCGAAAUCGCAACGAGGUGCGCUAGAGCAAGAAGUUGUCCAGAGGAGAGAUUCUUUGUUAGAGUGGUGUCAGAUAAGCUACGGUGAGGCUUUUAGUACUAUGAUGCACGUGUGCACGGUGCGCGUAUUUGUGGAGAGUAUUUUGCGCUAUGGCUUACCGCCGGAUUUUCAAGCCGUCCUCAUGCGACCCAAUAUGAAGCACGUGAGCAAGCUGCGAAAAGUAUUGAAUCAAGAGUUCGGCAAAGACGCCUCGUCGCAUUGGGAUGACGAAAUCGGCGGUGAUGAGAAAUCUGGCGGCGGUUUGGUGGAAGACAUGUACUCGUACGUGUCUCUGACAAUGAAGGUUUAA